ACCACCCUGAGGAACGAGAUCCAGCAGCGGCGAGCCAGGCUGCAGAAGAGUCGGAGCACUGCCACCUUGGCCAGCUCUGCGGAGGAGGAGGGGGAGGACGAAGACGAUGUGGAGACGGAGGCGCGCGCCUCCGGGGCGCAGCCAGUGGUAGACCCGGAGACCGCCUUCCCCGGCGGCACCUAUAAGGACCACCUGAAGGAGGCGCAGGCCCGCGUCCUGAGGGCCACGUCGUUCCAGCGCCGCGACCUGGAGCCCAGCGCAGCGGAUCCGGAGCCAGCCCCUCGC